AUGACGAGGACGCAGCGGUGAGUGAACCUCCAGCUCAGGCUGCCAGAAACUGCCGGAGUGACCAGUGGAGUGGCAGCGUACUGCAUCCUUCAGGAGUCCAAGUCGCGGUCUGGAGAGACUGGUGGUGGUGGCAGCCGACAAGCGAGUUUCAGAGGGCUGGGCUCAGGGCUCACCAGUGGGUGCAGUCCGGGCGCCGCCGGGCACUGACGGGGAGGAGUCCCCCCUGCUAGCGCGGGGCAGCACCCGGGGGCCGUUGCACGUUGGUGGGGAGGUGGUCUUCACGCCCACGUCCAAUGGCGACCAGGAGGUAGCUGGACCAGAGGGGGCCGGCCCAGGUUUAGUGGUGGUCGGAGGUGCAGCUGCAGGGCGGUCCGAGGCGUCGGGCGAGCCAUGGUCGGGCGUCUGGGCAGCUAGCAGGCUGGAGGAGGAGGCCACGUCUCGCCCAGAAUGCCAGCUGCGAUAG